AUGACAAAGACGGAUUGGUCGUCCUGGGACAAGCUUCAAUGGCGCAGGCGCCUGGAGACCUUCGGCGACAAUGACGCAUCAAUAGUGGCGUCUGGGCCCAAUGGCGAGAUUGAUACUGUCUGCAACCUUGGAGAACUAACAGACAAAGGUCGCGAGACCACCCUAGCGCUCGGCGAACGACUCCGACAUCUCUAUGUUGAUCAGCUAAAGUACAUGCCCAAGGUCAUCAGCGACGCCGACAUGAUCUAUUUAAGAGCGAGCCCAUUGCCAAGGGCUCUGGAGAGCGUCCAGGAAAGCUUUUGGGGCAUGUACCCUCUGUCGGCAAGGACAUCAUCUUUUCCGCCGCCCACUAUAAUCACUCGUACGCCCCAAGAUGAGACGCUUUUUCCGAAUGAAUCGAGCUGUCGCAGGUUCAGUCAAUUAUCAAAGGCAUUCGCACAGCGGACUGCCGAUAGAUGGAAUGAAUCGCAAGAAAUUGAGUAUCUCAACAUUCUGAUCGGAAAAUGGAUGCCAGAUAACUCCCGAGUACAAGUCGAUUCACACCCUCGGCUCUCAGGGAUCAUGGACACUAUCAAUUCGACAUUAGGUCAUGGCCCUGCAACACGCCUGCCUUCCCCCUUUUACGAUCCCAAAGGCCGCGACAUUAUCGAAAAGAUUGGCGUCGAAGAAUGGUUUUCCGGCUUCUCGGAAAGUAAAGAGUAUCGGCAAGUCGGCAUCGGUGCUCUUGCCGGCGACAUUGUAGCACGUAUGAUAGGUAGUGUCGAAAAAAGCGGCAAUGACGGCCUUCUCGAAAUCGGCGGAGAAGAUGGCUCCCUGGGCGCCGGCAGAGGUGGAGAGAAAGACAUCAAAUUCGGCCUGAGCGGCUGCCACGAUACUUCUUUGGCGGCACUGCUAGCCAGCUUGGGAUGCUUCGAGGGCGAGAAAUGGCCGCCAUACACCAGUCAUCUGGCUUUGGAGCUUUUCAAAGAGUCGGAAUUCGACAGGGAGUCCAUCGAUGGAGAAAGGCUUGACAGACCAGCUACUGCCGCCGUCGCACACAAGCAGAAGCAGGGUGCGCUCAGCACUUUCUUUGGUUCUGGAGGGAAGACUAAGAUAGCUACUGAGGGCAUAGCGCGAAAGACUACAGAUGAGCUUAGUGCUACUGAGCGGGAGAAGCUGAAAGGCCAUUACGUUCGCAUACGGUACAACGAUCGACCUGUCGUAGUUCCUGGUUGCAAGCUUCCUGGAAAGCACCUUGAUGGUGACGAGAGCUUUUGCACAUUGGAGGCUUUUAAGGCCAUUGUUGAUGGCUUCACGCCCAAGAAUUGGAAGCAAGCUUGUAUAACAAACAUAGAUAAAUCUGCGUUUCCAGAAUCAAUAGAGCCUGGUGGAUACUAA